UAAAAUAAAUUGAAUGUAUAAAUUAACGUGAAAUUUUAAAUAUAUUUUAAGUAGCAAAUACAUUAAGUGUAGUUGACGAUAAUUCAAGAUUUUAAAGCAAUUAGAUAAAAUUUUACUUAAGUAUAAUUACUAUUUUUCCGGAAAGAUAAAUCGCAGUAGAUAAUGAAGGGCAUUUAUAAAUUUAACGUAAAAUCCCUUCCUAUUUACCAAGACCCUGGUUAGGAGUUAGUAUAUCAGACAAAACUAGUAUUGCAGUUGAGUACAAAAGUUUGCUGUAUAAAGACGUCUUCUAGUUGUUCAUAAAACUCAAUUUACAUUUUUUAAUUUACAUUUACUUGAGUGAUAAUGAAAAUUCAAUCUAUUUAUUUGUUACUGACUUUUGUUGGAGUUUUCGCUCUAAUUUCUAACGCAAGUGCCAAGUACGAAAAUGUUCCACCAGCUACUUUGAAAAGAUAUUUGCCUUAUAUUGAUUGUGUUUUAGAUCGAAGACCAUGUGACCUUAUUGGAAACGAAGUAAAAAAACGAAUGCCUGAUUGGUUUAAAAAUGAAUGUGCUGAUUGUAAAUCUUACAUAACAUCGAAUGCAAAAAAAAUGAUACCAGAAGUUCAAAAAUAUUUUCCUGAAGAGUGGCAAUUAAUUAAACAAAAAUACGGUGGUCAAUCAUCAGUUGAAAAUAAUUUAAGUUCAGAGUUUAAAAUAGUUCCAACAUAUCUUGAACCGAGUAAACCAUCUUCACAAAAUCCAGGACAGAAAAGUCAUCCAGUAUCUUCAACACCUAGUAAACCACCUUCUCGAAUUCCAGGACAAAAAUCCCGCCCAAUAAAUCCAGUAUCUAGUAAGCCGACAUCUCAAAUUUCAGUUACCGAUCUAUUUUCAAAUGACCCUAGUUAUGGAGCAAAAGCUGUGAUUUGUCUGAUAGAAAAAAAAGGUUGUGACCCCUUGACGCAGUAUUUUAAAUUAUCCAUGUACAAAUUUAUUAAAUACAAUCAAUGCGUCGGAUGCGAGGUGCCGAAAGUUUUGAAAUGGUAUACAGAUAUGAAGAACUUCUUGAAAAAAAACUUCCCAGAAGUCUUAAGAGAUAUUAUUGCCACAGAAGGACUCGAAUAAAAAUAAUUUAAACAUUAUCAUCCAUUUAUACCUUAUAUUGUAUUUUAACAUCGUAAUUAAAUUAAUAAAAC